AUGGCAGACCUCAUGAACAAGAUCAAGGAGACACUGAUCCCCUCCAACACUGAGAACAGUAACGCUGGCUCUCACCAAGAGUCUCACAACUCUGGUUCUCUCCAAGAGACGUACAAUACCGGCUCAAAUAACGCCGAGUCUUUCAACAACACUUUCAACAACACCAGUCAGAACAACCAACGAGAACUUGGUUCCAGCUCCCACGUUUCUCCCCUUGAUUCAACAAGCAACCAGAACCAGCAGACCGAGGGUGUCCGCACAGGAGACAGGAUCAACUCCUUGGUAGAGAACGUCCCCGGUGUUCCCUCAUCCCAGUCAAAGCCUUCAAACACAUCUUACCAGAAUGAUAUGCACAAGUCUCCAGGCGCCACUCUCGACGCUGCUCGUGCUCCCCCCUCUGCCCUUAAGGAGCACCUUGGAGAGCCUAUCAUUGAGCAUGACUAUCCUCAUGAGAGCACGACUAAGCGACACUCUUCUGUGAGCCACCAGGAGGAGCACUAUAACCUCAACUGA